AUGUCAAAUUGUGAGAAAUGUCUACAUGCCAACCACCAUAACCCUCUGGAUCACCAUCCCUGCCACUACAGUCCUCUGGAUCACCAUCCCUGCCACUACAGUCCUCUGGAUCACCAUCCCUGCCACUACAGUCCUCUGGAUCACCAUCCCGCCACUACAGUCCUCUGGAUCACCAUCCCUGCCACUACAGUCCUCUGGAUCACCAUCCCGCCACUACAGUCCUCUGGAUCACCAUCCCCGCCACUACAGCCCUCUGGAUCACCAUCCCCGCCACUACAACCCUCUGGAUCACCAUCCCCGCCACUACAACCCUCUGGGUCACCAUCCGGGCCACUACAGCCCUCUGGAUCACCAUCCCCGCCACUACAACCCUCUGGAUCACCAUCCCCGCCACAACAACCCUCUGGGUCACCAUCCCCGCCACUACAGCCCUCUGGAUCACCAUCCCCGCCACUACAGCCCUCUGGAUCACCAUCCCCGCCACUACAGCCCUCUGGAUCACCAUCCCCGCCACUACAGCCCUCUGGAUCACCAUCCCCGCCACUACAGCCCUCUGGAUCACCAUCCCCGCCACUACAGCCCUCUGGAUCACCAUCCCCGCCACUACAGCCCUCUGGAUCACCAUCCCCGCCACUACAGCCCUCUGGGUCACCAUCCGGGCCACUAUAA